GUGUUUAUCGAAAUUCUAAAGAAACGGGGUGAAAAAUGUCUCAAAAAAUACCACAAAUUGAUAAGUUGGUGCGUGUUGGUUACUAUAAGUUGGAAAAAACAAUAGGAAAAGGGAAUUUCGCAGUGGUAAAGCUAGCAACACACAUAGUAACGAAUACAAAAGUGGCCAUAAAAAUAAUAGACAAGACUGCCCUGGACGAGGAUAAUUUGACGAAAAUAUUUCGUGAAACCGCCAUUUUGAAAAAAUUGAGACACCCUCACAUAACCAGGCUCUAUGAGCUUAUGGAAACAAACAAUACAAUCUACAUGGUGACUGAAUAUGCGAGCGAAGGAGAAAUAUUCGACCAUUUGGUGGCAAAAGGAAGAAUGCAAGAAAAUGAAGCUAAAAGAAUAUUUUGUCAAAUCGUGUCCGCAGUAAGUUACUGCCACACGCAAGGCAUAGUUCACAGAGAUUUGAAGGCUGAAAAUUUACUAUUAGACCAUAAUAUGAACAUUAAGUUGGCAGACUUUGGAUUUAGCAACCAAUAUACAGAUGGCAACUUACUGUCAACGUGGUGCGGUUCUCCACCUUAUGCCGCCCCUGAGCUUUUCCAGGGCCUUAACUAUGAUGGGCCCAAAGCUGACAUAUGGAGCUUGGGUGUAGUUCUAUAUGUUUUGGUUUGUGGUAGUUUACCAUUUGAUGGUAGAUUACCAUUUAUGUCAUUAAGAAAUGUGGUAAUUGAAGGGAGAUUCAGAAUACCAUAUUUUAUGUCACAAGAUUGUGAACAUCUAAUAAGACACAUGCUAGUGGUGGAUCCAGAAAAACGUCUUACCAUAACGCAAAUCGGCAAGCACAGGUGGCUGAGUAAUGUACCAAUAGUGGACACAGGGCCUGAAAAAGACAUACAUCUAAAUAAAACAGUCAUAGACCACAUGCUGCAACUGCCAGAUUUAAAUCAUGCUGUUAUAGAACAUUCUAUAAAAAACAACAGCUUCGAUCACAUCUAUGCCAUUUAUAAUUUGUUGCUGGAUAAGCUACAUCAAAGGACUAUAAACUUUCAGUGCAAAGUUCAACAGAGAAAGGCUGAUAUUAUACAAAAGGAGGAACAAAUAUCACAUGAUCAUCAUCUACACUCAAGACCUCCCAAAAUAAAUGAAAGAAGCGAAUCUUUCAACGAACAACAACUCGUAGAACGCCUCGCAAAUGAGGCUCGCCAAUUCGGGCUCGGCUUUGGAGCCCAAAUGACGCCACAAAGCCCCAAUCAAGCCCACGAGGAAGCCUUCAAUUGUAGAAGGGAGAGCUUCAACGAAAAUUACCUUAGAGAGUUCAGAGAUGAAGCCCGGGAACGCAGAAGAUCCCUUAAUGAACACGGCAUGGAAGAAGUCGGGUCACCGUUUGUCUCCAUGCCUGCCAUACCCGCCGUUUAUUUGGCUGAGGAUGGAGAAAAUCAGCUUUUGGAGAAGUUUGGAGAUAUGGAUACAGACACAAGUGAAGAUGCUAUAUCGUUGACAGUUCCAUCAUCUUCCACUACUGGAUAUAGCAGUUAUGCUUCUUCGGGGGACAAAUUGACCGUUAGACGGCAUACCGUGGGUCCAGGAGACCCAGCGCACGAACAAGUCCUGGAGUCGCAUUAUAUGGUCCAAGAUCCAAACUGUCAAAAAUUAUUCCAACACGUACCCCCCCUGGGGGCCCAAAAUCAAUAUUAUGGCGGAAAAGACCCUCAUUUGUUAAAACCACCCACUGUUUUAAGUGCGACCGGUGGAUUUGGCAGAAGGGCUUCAGAUGGUGGUGCCAAUUUGCACAUGGCAUGGGGUGCCCCAGGGUCCCAUGAGCAAUUGUCAAUAAUGUCAACCAGUUCCAGUGGCAACCCAAGUCUAAGCAGUGGUGCCACACAACCCCUUGAACAACACGCUUUAGAAGAAGUAGCUAGGUAUAUGCAAGGUAGGGGCCAAAAUAAAAGGCACACAAUGGCCAGCACAGAAGAUGUACAUAACCUACAAUCGCCAACGGCCUCUGGUGGUAGAACUAGAAGAACUGGCCUCUUGACCGUUAUGGAAAGACCGCCCGGCCGCGAACAAAAGGAAAGGUAUAGUCCUGUAAGGAGGGGCAGUGAAGGUUCAGCAGGAGGUUCAAGGACACUGAGCCCUUCAACCCCUCAGCAGGAAUGUCAAAGGCUACAAAGAGGGUUGCAGUCUAGAAAUAGCCCGCCUAGAUCAAUACCAGGAUCUCCCAUCCACCAAAGCCUGGGUGGUGCCCAGCAACAACUGGGCGAAUGCCCAUCACCAAUCCAUCAAUAUUACCCCCCGAUCACAGACCCUACGUUGGGUCUCCCCCCUGAAGGCUACUCCCCCCACCAUGCAUCCUUUGGAGGCAGCCCUCUUCACAACGCGAUGGGCUCCCCCAUACAACAUCAACCCGUUUACGGUCAAGUUCCAGGACUGGCGAUGUAUUCGGCCGGAAAUUCGCCCAUUUUGGGCACCAUGCUGAGCCCAAACUCGAGCCCAGUUUUUGGUGGGUACGCACAACCGUCACCUGGGAGUAGCGUUUCUUCUAUUACACAAGGCAUCAGCGGGCUAAACACAACAGGAGGCUCGUCCGUAAUUGGGGGCGGCUCCAUAACGCAAGGCACCGCCGCCGCGGCUUUGCAACUCGACGUCCGCUGUCAACCGCCAUCGCCCGAAGACUUAUCCGCCAACAAAAUGGACACGGCCGCCAUGCAGCAGCCGUUCUUGCACCAACCGCCCCCGCAUCAUAUCCACCACAUACUGAACAUACACAGCCACAGAAGUCUGACGAAUUCUCCCAUCAGUAAUCCGGGUAGUCCGGGUUUGGACAUGAUCCAGGAGGAGAUUCACGUGCACCCGGCCGCACCCAAGCUGGAGGCGGUCGUCGGGUAUCCGCAGAUAUCCGUCACUGAUGUGUUAGGUAGCGAAGUAACGCUGGUUGCCGGAUCAGACACGUCAGAAGACUCCAUGGACAGCUUAGACAACCAAAAAUCCUCGCGCAUACCUUCGUUCAUAAUAUCCGAGCCAUCGGAAAACUUGCCGUCGAUUACGCGGGGCAUCGGGCGCAAAACGAGCCAAGAAAACAACAACGACGAUAACAGUCGAACGGCUCCGAGGCUGUACGACGAAAGUUCCGCGCAUUCCGAGGAGUUUUUUCUGAGGAGGAACAGUGAUAAGGGCUCGGUGUAUUCGGAUGAUUCUUUGUCCAAUGAUAGUUUGAGUAUACACAGCAAUCAAAGUCCUAGUUCGAGUUCAAACACGCAAUCGAGUCACGCGUGCGAUUCCGAUAUCAGAAAUCGCCCCGUCGAUUUCAGCUACGAUCCUUCCAUGGUGGGCGCGUGCGGCGUUGCCACGUCUCGCGGUGCGGCGGCCGAAUCCUUCCAAAUAUUCCAGAACAUCAAGAUGAACUUUGGCGAAGCCGGUCAGUUCUCCGUCUAUGACGACCCGACGAGCCAGCUGACGGGUCAAAUGCCGGGCAGAGGCGAGCUGGCAACCGCGCACCCAGGGCCCGGCUUGCACAAAAAUUCAGGUUCCUUUGAAUUCGAACUAUCGGAAGUAUGUUCGAAACUUCACUCCACCGACAUCCUAGAAAUGGUAAGACGCACAAUCACAGACCAAAUACCCCCGAAAACCUGUUCGAGCGCUGAAGACAUCUCCGACAGACUUUCGCUAGAGUACGAAGGUGGCAUUCAGAUCGAACUGAAAGUCAUAGAAAAACCCAGAGACUCCAAAGGCCUCAAAAUGAGGAGAAUUUCAGGCGACCACCUUGUUUAUAACAAGUUAUGUCAGCAAUUGAUAUCGUGUAUGACUGUAUCUUAGCGGUAAGUUUGGACCACUAAAAAAAAUUGGUAGUCGCACUUAUUGUAAGCCAUAUUUUCAAAGAUUAUAAUCUAAAUUUUAGUUAUAAAUAACAAAUAUUUGGGACAUCUGGAAAUAUUUUAUAUAUUAUUUUUUCACAUUCCAAAAUCGUUUUUUUAAGUUGUGAUCAAGAAAUCGGAGAUUUAAAUUUGUGACUGACUAAAACUAUAAAUAUCUAUUUUUAAACAAUAAAACGCAUACAGGAUGAUUAAAUAUUCUUCAAAAACACAUAUAAGAGACUUAUUAUUGGCCUAAGAUUAAGUCUUAUCAAACACCCUGUAUUAAAAUAAAUUUAAAAAACUGUACAUAGUUCUUUUAGUGUAAAGAAAACACUUUGUAUAUAAAUUAAACCAAUACAGAUCUGCACAAAAAUAAAUUGUUUUUAAAUGAUUUUAACAAAAAUUCGAUUACAUAUAAAUCCGUUUUUUAUAACUUGCAUUGAAAAAACAUUUAAAACCCAAAUUUUUUUAACAAAAAUUCAUUGUUUAGCGUUAAAAACAUAACAAAAAGGCACAUUUAAUUUCUAAAAUCUAAAAAUAUGCUAUUUAAGUUGAUUUUUUAUCUUUAUCUUUUUAUUUUAUGUACCCAAAAUUGUAUGCAUAAAAAAAUUUAUAUUUUUGUCAAAAUCAUAUAAAACUGUAGAUCUGUGUGAUGCACAAUGUAAAUAUUAUAAUCCUACGGGUCAUUCCGUUAAAAUUCUAGCAUGGAAUGACCUUUAUUAUCUAA